AUGCCGCCGCGCUGUCUGUUCCGCUCGCCGGGCCGCUCUGCGCCCCCAGCGGCGCGAGGCGAGUGCGCGACGGAGCACAAUGCACCCGCGCCGCCGCCCAACUUCAGCAAUGUGUUCGGGCGGGCGCCGGAGGCCGGAUGGGACUCGUCAGGCCCAUUCGCCCUGCUCGGCGCCCGGCUGAAAGCGGCGCCGGCAGCGGGAGAGGAGGCGCCAACCCGAGAACCCAGCAACAGAGACAGGCCCGCCGAGUGCGCUAUGCGUCAGGAGCCGCUCGACGAUUCGAGUCUACGGUGGCCCGACUGCGGCCGCGCACCGCACUGCUUCCACGCAGGCUGGCCCGCAUGGUUCCGAUCGCUGCGCCGGGGGCUUGCUCGCCUGAGGCACGCCGGGGGCGACGCCAGCCGAAUCGAAGAAGCCGCGUGCCCGCUCUUCAACCACGGGUGGGGCGACGGCUGGAGCUCCGCCGCGCGCUUGGGGCAGCUGACCGACGACCGCCUGCGCGGCGAUGGCCUUCCUUCCCAAGGACGCCGGCGCAUGCGCUGUCGGAAUUUCGCGGGGGCGCCGAGCAGCGACGACGGCGAGGGCCCCUACGCGGGAGGGGGCCCUCGCGCAUCCAAAGGGGCCAGCGCCGCGUGCGACCGCCAUGCGUCCGCGGCACCCCGCCAGACGGCUGCGCCGGCGGCGCACGCGCGCGCGCCCAACGGGCACGCAGGAUGCUGGGAACGCACGCGGAGGCAACACGGCAGCCAGCACGAGGUCUUCACCUGCGACGCGGCGCCGCUGGCCCAGGAGGCGCCGCGCCCGCCCGAGGACCAGCCGCUCCAACGCGAGGCCCGCCGCGGCGACGGGCCCCACCCCACCUCGGCGCCCCUGCUGUUGGCGGCGGCCGCGCUGCUCGACUGGACCGAGGCCGCGCAGUGGAGCGCGAGACACGCGGCGCAAGAUUGGUGGCAGCCGACGGCAGAGGCUUUGCAGCAUUCAGAGCCUGCCCCCGCGGAGCUGCGGCCAGGGGCUCGAGCUCGCAGGGGCCAACCCGGGGAGGGCGCACGCUGCGACGGCAGCCAGAGGCGGCGCGCGCUCUGGACACGUGCACCCAGCACCCCUCGCCCGAGCUCCAUCGGACAGCCGGCGUACAUGGCCAACCAAAGGGACCCCGACGACGGCGACGACAACUCCAGCGAGAGCAACUCCAGCACCGACGAAACCAAGCACGAAGCCGACAACACCCAAGCCCAAGCACAGCGAGAGGGACCUGACGAAGAAUCCUGGGCAGCCCUAGGGGACAUCAACCUCCAACACGACUUCCAGAAGCUCGUGCCGACUCUUCAGAACGUGCCAUGCUUUCUGCGCGAGGAGACCCGGAUGUCCUUUUCCAUAUCCCUGAGGAGGAUCAAAUGGGGGCACGACCAGAGCAACCAGGCAACAGGCGACUGGCCAGCCCUACUACGCGAGGCCAACACCACAGCAGGCGCGCGCUUAGCACCGAGACCAGCCACAGAGGAACAGCAACAGGAGCAACGGAGAGAACAACUUUGCGCCCACGUCCGCAACGGCAACCCGUCACGCGGGCGACAAGUCUUGACUGCGGCGGCCACUGCGCCAGGCAACAGGGAGACAUUGGACCAGCCGCGGGAUCCGACCCGCCGACCGCCAGCCCUGAGCCGCCAGCUACCCGCCGACCUGGCCAGCGCAUCUGCGAGAGCGAGACUGAACAAGAACAAAUUCCUCGCUUGCGUCCAGUCCGCCAAAACGGGCACAGCAGCAGGGCCGCCCGGUGUCCAAGUCGAGCACCUGAAACCGCUGCUGGGACGGACCAACGUGGAUUUGCCGCCGCUGCCCUCGCGGACGCGCAGGCAAUUUGCAGAGCAGCUCGCGGCCGCAACCGCGCCCUACAAGUUCGCCCUCACAACUCGGGCAGGGACCGACUGCGCCGCCAUGCUGCUGAGGUCAGUGCUGGACCACGACGAUGACGCAGUCAGAAUCAGCAUCGAUGGAAUCGGGGCCUUCGGCCACAUAAGUCACAGGCAAGACCCCACCGACCUCUGGCAGGACGAAGCGGGGACCGUACACGACGUGCCCCAGGGCGAAGGAGUGGGGCAGGAAGGCGCGCUGGCCGCAGCCGUCUUCGCACUCGCUCUCCACGGGGCGCUGGAGGGAAUCGGCCAGCUCGGACAAGACGCAUGGCGGGGCGACAGAGCGCCACCCGACCGAGUGAUCCAAAUUCUGGGCACUCCGCUCGGCUCCCCUGAAUUUGUCGCGGCCCACCUCGCUGGCACACUACACGGGGAAAACAAGCUUCUGGACGAGCUGGCGCACAUGCCCGACCUGCAAUGCGCGCGGAGCGACGGGCGCGCGCACUGGCAGCAAUGUCAGGACGACACGGAGGACUCGGGCUUCAACGCGCCACCGAGGCCGCACAAGCGCACAAAACCGAAGGCUUCCUCAGGACCGAGAGCUGCCCACUGGCUACACGCGCUGCCCACCACCGAGGGGCGCGCGUUCAAGCCCGCGCGCUUCCAGGCGCGGGCCGCCAGCCACCCGGGCUGCCGAGCCCCGCCGGACCUGCUCGGAGACAACCUCGCCGCGUGCCCGCGCACCGGGCACCUUGCGCCCGACCCCCGGCCGCCGCGGCUCAGCGCGGCCGCCCGCGGCACGGGCGCACCGUCCGAGGUCGCAGAAAUAUCGGUCAAAGGCUUCAAACUUACGAAAGGCGGCCGCGACAUUGGCAGCCCAGUCAUACUGGAACAGGGCAGGGUCGGGGCGCCCGAAUCCUUCGCCGCGCCAACGGCCACGGCCGCCGGGCGAUCGCAGGGCAGCACCUGCAGCGGGGCCGCGCACGGCACCGCGGACUCCACGCGCGAGGGGGAAUUGCAGCAUCGAUUACACAGGCGCCGCGUCACCGGCGUCACGCAGAGCCACGCAGGCAAAAAGAGGGACGCGCGAAGCGCACCCACCCCGCACGGCCCGCUCGAUCUCCACUGGGAGAGCGCGCAGCUGGGCAUUGAAGGCGCGGACAGAGAAGCGGUGGGAAGACUCUUCGCUGCUCUGACUGGGGCGUUCAUGACAAGCGCAAUGACCGAAGACACGUACGGCAGCUCUUGGCACGCCUGGCCGGAGCUCGCGCCCGUACGACGGAUGGCAGCAGCCUCGAUUGACAUGCGCGCGCGCAUGUCAGUCGUUCGCAGCGCGCGAGCACUGAUCCCCACGGAUGGCGUCGAGCAUCCCCAUUAUCGAGAGAGCCGCUCCAGAAGUCUCGUCCGCGAGCUGCGCGUCGAAGCGGGCGGGGGGGUGAAAACGCCCGUGAAGAAGCGCUCCGCCGCGCCCGCGCUCGCGUCUCUAAGCGAUAAAUAUACGCGGGCCGCUCUGCGCCGCUCCUGUCAAGCAGCAGUCACAACAGCGGUCUUGCACGCCUCGUGCGACGUGAAUGACGCGGGCCUUCACAGAGGGCGCGAAGGCGCGCGCCCCCCGCAAACGCCCGCGCGGGCCACCCUCGCGGCCCCGGCAGCGCGGCUUACUGGGACGUGGACGACGCCCCUCGCCCAAGCCGCGACUCUGAGCACAGCGCGGCGCUGCAGCCGGGUGGCGUCGACCCCAAACCAGGGCGGCCUAAGCCACGCGCCGCUGGCGGCGUGCUCCACAGCGUCCGCCAGCACGCUCAGCAAAUCCAAAAUGCCUUCGAGCGCGGUCGUCCACUCGCACCCGGACGACCAGGAGACCCGCCCAAAACCCGUCGACCACGAGAGGGCAAGCGUGCGGCAGGAAAACGACCUCACAAGAGGGCACCUGGCGCAGAGGAUGGCGCUAGGGGCAACCGGCGAGCCAGUCGCUGGAUUCACGUCCAGCGUUGGGGCGACCUCCCCGCGAAGCAACUGCUCGAUCUCCUCGACGAUCGCCCACAACAGUGACAUUUCAGGGGGUGCCGGGCAGGGGGCGGCCGGCGGGACUGCUCGCACCGCCCGCGCGCGGGAGCUCGGCGGCAGCAAGGGACGGGAGAUGUCAUCGCUGUGGCAUUGCGGCAUCGAAGCCAACAUGGGCAAGACGGAGGUCUGGAACGCAGCAGGAGUGGGACCACCAGGAAUCCGAGAGCGAGGCACCGAGCGAGACCGCGUGUGGGUCGGAGACACCGUCGCACCGCCACGCAAGCAGGGCCUGGGCCUGGUGGCCCUUGGCACGCCCAUCGGGCACGCAGAAUUCGUCCGCCACCACGGGCGCUCCCUGCUGGCAGACCACCGCGUCCUCCUGCACCGGUUGAGCCAAGUUGGCGACCUCCAGACCGCCUGGCCGAGCACGUGCGCCAACCCGCGGGCCAAUUUCUACCUGCGCACCAUAGCACCGGAGGACACGCUCGAGUUCGCGGAGGCCCACGACGAGCACAUGGCGCAGGUCGCGCAACUCCCGCUCUGCCUCGGCGGCUUGGGCUUGCGCUGCGCUGCCCGAAUGGCGCCCGCGGCGUGGUGGGCCUCUUGGGCAGACUGCCUGCCGAAGCUGCGAGAACGCGCGCCGGCUCUGACCGCGGACAUCUGCCGAGCCCUCGACGCAGGCGCGGCCGGGUUCCCACCGGGGCUCCGCCAGGCGGCCAAGGCGCGGCGCCAGCUGGCCCAGGAAGGCUACGAGACGCCCACCUGGACGGCGCUGGCGUUGGGAGCGCGCCCCCCGCCCACACUAGACAGGGAGAUGGGCGAGCGGGCGCACUGCUCGCAGUUCUGGACGGCCCGGGCAAGGAACGAGGGAGACCACAGGGCGGCGUGCCCCACAGCCGGCGUCCUCAAGAAGCGGGGAGCACCCUUGGAGAAGGCGACGGCCCACAUCUGCCGCGAGGCGGGGGCGAGAGUGGUGGAGAACCAGUUCCUGCGGGACCUCAACGUCGACGGCGUCGGCGCGGGCGACGGCAGGCGGCUUGAGGUGAUCGCCAACAGCCUGCCGCUGUGGGGCGGGGCGCAGCUGGCCGUGGACGCCACGCUGGUCUGCCCGCUUGGCCGGGGUGGCACGGCCCACCCGCGCACGGCAGACGACGGGGCGUGGCUCCGCGAGGCCCGCCGCCGCAAGCAGACCACCUACCCGGAGCUCCUGGACGCGAGGCGCUGCCGGCUAGUGGUCAUGGCCCUGGAGGUGGGAGGCCAGUGGUCCCAGGAGGCCCUCCAAUUCGUGCGCCUCUUGGCGGACUGCAAGGCCCGGUCGCCGCCCGAGCUUCUGCGCGCCUCAGUAAAAGCGGCGUGGAUCCAGCGGUGGACAGGCCUCGUCUCGGUGGCGGCGCAGCGGGCCUUCGCAGCCUCUCCACUGCACCUGCCCCUGGACGGCCUCGCCUGCGACGGCGACGAACCAUGGUUGCAAGACGUCCUGGCGGACGCGCGCCACACCGAAGCCCCAGAGCGAGACGAGGCGCCGCGGCCGGCGGAGCCCCGCAGCGAGGGGGCGGAGGCGGAGGCGGCGGGCUGCGGCUGGCUGGGGCCCGCCAAGGUCCGGCCGAGGCGCGCGGCGGGCGGCGCGACGGCUGGCGGAGGCGGGGGGCGCCGCGGCGGGGCCGGGCUCGGCCGCCCGCCGGCGGGCGGGGCGGACGGGGGCGGCGGCGGCGACGGCGGCGGGCGGCGGGCCGCGGCAGGGCCCCGCGCGGCGGCCUUGGCUAGGCGUGAGCCCCAACGAAAGAAGAUCCAGCUUGAGAUGUGUCGGUCGGACGACAUAAAACUUGUAGCUGCGGAGGAGCAGGCGGCGCGCUGCAGGAUUAGCGCGCACCUUGGCGCAAGCCUGAAGCCCGGCGAAAGGCCACUCUACCACGUCAAGACGGGGAGGUGGAGGGUGGCGGCGACGCUGUUCCAGGGCACCUUCCGGGACAUCGAGGCACACGCCUACCACGAACAUGCCGAGACCAUGCGGCAGCAGGAAUCUUUCUCCAGGCGACAGACCUACCUCGAGGACCGGUUCUACCUGAGGCGGCACGCGACGGGGGGCAGCGCAAAAAUCGAAGAGCGAACCACCACGCAGCCCGACUACCAAGCUCACAACACCACCGACCACGACUCAUCCACACCAAGCACGCGAGACUGCAUCCAAAAGCUCUUGCGCGCGCCCCUCGGACCCAACACGAGACCGGACUACACAAACGAGGGCGCAACGGCCGUCAUGAGGCAGGCCGGGGUGGGGACGCUGGAGACGGACAGCCCGACCCUGCAGCCGAGCGCACGCCAACGCGCCCGCCAGGAACGCUGCCGAGCCAACGCCAGCAAGGGGACCGCAGAGCGUUGCCAACACGAGGAUGCCACUUCCGUCCAGUGGCAGCCCACGAUGCUACCACCACGUCCUGCCCGCGCCGGGCCGACAAGGGCAACGCAGAACUGCAGCUACCGCCAAUGCCCUCCCGCCACCCUUGCUCACACCGGCAGCCCCGCAGCUCCCAGAAACGGGAGCCACCGCUUCUACCUGGCGCGCAAAGGCGACGAGGGCAAGCCCUCGCACCAGAGCCGCGCGCAAACGGGCAGCCGCAGCAGGUGCCGGAGCUGCCCGGAGACCAGCACGCGAACGGCCCUGCCGCCGUGGUGGGCAGAGGCGCCCCCGGAGACAGAAGCGGAAGAGGCGCCAGAGAAAGCAGACGAGGAAGAGGCGCCAGACGAGGCCGAGGAGGGAGACGCCAACGACAGCGGCAGCAACUCCAGCACUGAGGAGACCGACCACGAGGCCGAACCAGCGCAGGCCCCAGCCCCGAGCAACGGACCCACCGAAGAGUCCCGGGCAGCUCUCGGGGGCAUCGACUUCCAACAAGAGCUACGGAGAUUCGUGCCGACACUACAGAACGUGCCACGUUUCCUGCGCGCGGAGACCCGGAUGGCGUUCACCACGGCCCUGAAAAUGAUCAAGCGAGGACACGACCAGGGCAACCAAGCAACAACCCACCAAGGAUGGACACUGUUCCUCCUCGCCUCGAGGCUCCUGCUAAGCAAGCCCAAGGGUACCGACGCCGAGGGCCGACAAGAGCUCCUGGACCGCGCCCAACGGUUCCGCCAGGGCGACUGGCUGGCCCUGCUACACGAGGCCAACACCACGGCCGGCGCGCGCGCAGCGCCGAGGCCAGCCACAGAGGAGCAACAGCAGGAGAGACGCAGAGAACAGGCUUGCGCGCACGUCCGAAACGGCAACCCGUCACGGGAGAGACAGGUCUUGACCGCGGCGGCGAUUGCGCCCGGCAACGGGGAGACACUAAACAGGCUGCGGGACCCGGCCCGCCGACCGCCUACCCUGAGCCGCCGACGACCCGCCAACCUCGACCGCGCAACCGACAGAGCGAGACUCGACAAGACCAAAUUCCUCGCUUGCCUCCGGUCCGCCAAAAAGGGCACGGCAGCAGGACCGUCGGGGGUCCGCGUUGAGCACCUCAAGCCGCUGCUGGAACACGAAGAGUCCAUGGACCAGCUUGGAUUCGCCGCCGCUGCCCUCGCGGAGGCGCGGACCCUAGAGCAAGGGGACUUCCGAGUCGCUUUCUUGGACGACGUGUACAUCAAGACCACCUGGGCCAGGGCCAGAGCCGCUUUCGACACCACCACCGGAGCAAUUCACCUCCACGCAAACGUGGAUUGCCACCUUGGCAAGUGCCGGGCCUACAGCAGGGGCGGAGGCGCAGCGCCGCCCGGAAUUGGCGAGCUGGGACAAGACGUCUGGAGGGGUGACAGAGCACCACCCGACCGAGGAAUCAAGAUCCUCGGCACCCCCCUAGGCACCCCAGAAUUCGUCGCCGCACACCUGGAGAGCAGACUACAGGAAGAGAGGAGACUCCUGGACGAACUGGCGCACCUGCCCGACCUACAGUGCGCUUGGCUCCUCCUCCUCCUUUGCGCCUCCCCGCGGGCCAACCACCUGCUGCGAACCCUGCCGCCAGAGGAAAUCGCAGAAUACGCGAGAGGCCACGACGGCGACAUGUGGGCCACCCUGCGCCGCCUCCUCGGGGACCCCGCAAUGUCGCAAGACGAAGAGCGACGGGCGCGCGCACUGGCAGCAAUGCCUGGACGACACGGAGGACUCGGGCUCCAAAGCGCCGCGCGCACGUCCCCAGCGGCCCACUGGGGCGCUUGGGCAGACGCCCUACACAUGCUCCACCAACGGCGCCCCGUUGAAGCUGCAGCGAUCAGGGACCUCCUCGACGGCACCAGGCCCGGCCGUAGGGGCAACCUUGCCGCAGCCGCCGCGGCCGCACAGCUGCUCGAAACCGAAGGCUUCCGGAGACCUUCCUGGACCGACCUGCUCCAGGGGCUGCGCCCAGAAGCGCCGCCGCGCUCGGAGGCCGCCGAACCGGGGGAAUGGCAGCACGGCCGGCAGUUCCACGCUUGUUCCGCACGCAACACACACUACAGGGACAACGUGUUCAUGCCCAGCCUCACCAGGGCCAACCAGGCCAUGCUAAGGUCAGGCUCAGGACCGAGGGCCGCCUACUGGCUUCACACCUUACCCACCACCGAGGGGCACGCGUUCAAGCCCGCGCGGUUCCUGGCAGCCCUGCGCCGGCGCCUCAGGCUCCCGCUGCCGCUCCUCCCGCACACCUGCGGGGCAGCCGGCCACCCAGGCUGCCGGGCCCGGCUGGACACGCUGGGAGACCACCUAGCCGCGUGCCCACGCACGGGGCUUCUCGCCAGACGCGCGAAACUGCUCGAACGAGCUUGGGCGAGGGUCGCCAGAGAAGCAGGAGGGAGAGUUGUCCCCCAACAGCUGCUGCGGGACACUAACGCCGUUGUCCACAACCCGCUGGACCGCAGACAAUUAGACCUAGUCGUCUACGGCAUCUCGCCGAACGGCGUCCCGCUGUGCUGCGACAGCACCAUGGUGUCCCCCCUCCGCAGGGACGGCUGGCACCGGCCGCGCACCUUCGACACCGACGGCGCCGCGCCACUUGGGGCCGAAAGGCGCAAACGACGCAGGUACCACGAACUCACGACAAGCCAUUCAGGCCGCCUCAUGGUCCUCUCCUGCGAGGUCGGAGGCAGGUGGGGCCGCGAUUCCCUCCAGCUGGUACGCCUGAUUGCCAAGCAGAAGGCGCGGGCCGCGCCGGCCCUCCUCCGCCGCUCCGCGGAGCUCGCGUACACCAACCGCUGGUGGGGGUUCCUGAGCGUCGCGGCCCAGGACUCGCUCAUGGCCACCCUGACGGGCGACGGCUACCUAGCCUUGGGGGGAGCCGCUGGGGAGGACGACCUAGACCUGGCCGAAGUGCUGCUCGCAGACUCCGCCGGCCCACCCGCUAGCCGCCUGCCAGCACGCCCCUGA